CUGUAAUGAAGCUUCCUGCCAAAUAGUGCUCCCUAACAACAGACAAAGCUUGACAGUGUGGAUUCACCUGAAGACGCUUAAAUAAAAGCGUUUGUCAUUCCUUCCUUCAAUGCAGGGUCCGGACCGGCUCUCCAGGUGCAGAGAGUAGGCUGAGAGCGCAGACAUGUCGGGUCGCUCUGCUGCAGAGAUGGACGACUCGCAGGAGCUGCCGGCAAAGAAAGCCAAGCUGGAGAUAGAUGGAGGCCUGGAGAAAGAGCCGAGUAAUCUGGGGGAGGACGAGAGUCCAGCUGCUGUUUUAGGUCCAUCAGAGCAGGGAAACUCUUACUCUGCUCUGUCCACUGCUCAGCUUGAUCCAGGUGAUCAGGAGCAGUCGGACAUAGACAGAGGAGCAGCGCCUCAGGCCUGCGGCGACUCACUGAACUCGUAUUCUGACACAACAGUCACAUCUGAAUACACCCAACAGGUUUAUCAAGGAAGCAACCCGGCUGUGACGUCGUACACCAGCCAGGUGGCCUUCCCUCCGCUGGCCCAGUCCACUGUGUACUCCGCCUUUCCUCAGACAGGCCAGACCUACGGCCUCCCGCCCUUCGGUGCUAUGUGGCCAGGCAUAAAAACAGAGACAGGGCUGCCUGAGGCGCCCUCUGGUGGCCAGCCUGGGUUUCUCAGCUUCAGCACCACAUAUACCUCAACCCCGCCAGGCCAGCUGCACUACUCAUACCCCAGCCAAGGCUCGAGCUUCACAACAUCUAGUGUGUACUCCAACAUCCCCACAGCUACGGCCACGACCACAGCCUCCACCACCGUGACCCACCAGGAGUUCAGUAGCUACAACUCUCUGGGCCAGAGUCAGUUCUCCCAGUACUACGCUCUGCCCCCCAGCUAUGUUCCUGCUGGUCUCCCCAGCAGUGACGAACAGGGAGCUGGUGUGGGCGUGGCCGGAUACUCAGCUGUGAAGUCGGAGGAGGCGGCUUCAGCCGGACUUCCUCCCAGAGAUGCGUCCCCACCUGAGAACCUCCCAGCAGGUGCAGCUCUUCCCUCCAGUGUGGCGCUCCCUGCUGGAGCCAGAGAGCAGGAUGAGGUGGGACGCAGGAACUCUGUUGGUAAAGCCAAAGGGAAGGCCAAGAAGUCUGACAGCUCCCCCCCUGCUGACACGGACCUGGAGCGUAUUUUCCUGUGGGAUCUGGACGAGACCAUCAUCAUAUUCCACUCUCUUCUCACCGGCUCCUACGCUCAGAAGUUUGGGAAGGACCCGGCGACGGUGCUGAACCUGGGCUUACAGAUGGAGGAGCUGAUCUUUGAGCUGGCAGACAAUCACCUCUUCUUCAAUGACCUGGAGGAAUGUGAUCAGGUCCAUGUUGAGGAUGUGGCCUCUGAUGAUAAUGGACAGGACCUUAGUAACUACAACUUCCUGGCCGAUGGCUUUAAUGGCCCCAGUGGUGGGGGAGGGGCGUCAGGAGCCACGACCGGGGUCCAGGGGGGGGUCGAGUGGAUGCGCAAACUGGCGUUCCGCUACCGUCGACUAAAAGUGAUCUACAACAACUACAAAGGAAACGUUGGAAGCCUGUUGAAUCCUAUGAAGAGGGAGCUGCUCGUUCGGCUUCAGUCUGAGAUCGAGAACGUCACCGACGCCUGGCUGAGCACCGCGCUCAAGUCUCUGCUGCUCAUCCAGUCCAGAGGGAAGUGUAUGAACAUCCUGGUCACCACCACUCAGCUGGUUCCGGCUCUGGCCAAAGUUCUGCUGUACGGUCUGGGAGACGUCUUCCCCAUCGAGAACAUCUACAGCGCCACCAAAAUAGGUAAAGAGAGCUGCUUUGAGAGGAUCAUCUCUCGCUUCGGGAAGAAAGUCACGUACGUGGUGAUCGGUGACGGUCGAGACGAGGAGUUUGCAGCUAAACAGCACAACAUGCCUUUCUGGCGGAUCUCCACUCACGGCGACCUCGUGUCGCUGCAUCAGGCGCUGGAGCUGGACUUCUUGUAAAGGAGCGGCGGCGCUGACUGUCGCACACUAAAGGGAAGACGUGGUGGUCGUGGUCGUGGUCGUGGUCGUGGUGCUGUUGGCUGGUGGAGAGACACUGUGAGAAAAUCCUCCACAAUCCAACAACAACACUCAGAAAGAUGAUGUUCCUCCAGACGACUGAAGACUGUGACGAGAGGAGACUUUGGGUCGGAGCUGACUGUGAGGAACAGACUGGACGCACAGCGCUCCCCCCUCGACGGCAGCUAACCCCCACGGCUCAAACUGGCACUGAUGGACACAGAAGGGAAGACAUACUUUUUUUUUUUUUUGGUCUUUAUCUCAUUUUCUUCUAAUUAUCAAAAUAUCCUGCAGUGAAAACUCAGCUUCUAUUUUUCUAUUUGUUUGUGGAAGUAAAAACCAAAGGGCCGCUGUUGUUUCUCAGCUGUUUCUGUUGUAGCUUUUUAAUUGGUCUCUGUAGUAGAAGUGACGGAUUAAUGUCACAGCUGAUUUGUUUAAAACUCACUCAUUCAAAGACUAAAAACCAUCGUCAGAUAAUCCUGAUUGAACUUUAGUUUAACGUCCUGUAACGUUCACUGUUCAACACCACCUGCUACAUGGGAUUCAAAAGAAAGAAAAAGGGGGAAGUUGAUCAUGAAAGUUUAGAGAUCAAGAGGCUCGGCGUGUUUCUGAUCCACGUCUGAAGCUUCAGUGUUUAAGUCGACGACACGAGACUCAGUUCGUGUAUUCAUGCUCCUGGUCCUCAUCAGUGUUUUAUAUCAUAGAGCUAAAAAUAUGAUUCAGCUCGUUUAGAACAACAUUUCAUCCAUUUCUCUUCACGUGGCAGCGACGUGACAAAUGUCUGUUGAUACAGUCCAGAGUCAAAAUGGUUGUUUAACCAAAAAGGAAGUUGCAGACGUUUGUUUCCAAAGACGUUUUCUCGACAUGUUCUCUGUUGUUUUUCAGUUUUACUUCACGUCAUUUGUUUUAUUAGUUCAUUAAAACUGUGGCUGCAACUAACAGUUCUCUUCAUUAUCAAUUAAUCUGCUAAUUAUUUUCUCAUCAGUUCGAUUAAUCAUUCAGGCAUCAUCAGAGCUGCAACAAAAAAUCGCCAACUGCUUUGAUCAGUUUUUGAAGCAAAAAUAAUUUUCUUUUAAUUACUUGAUCUAGAAAACAAUCAGCAGAUAUGAGAAGUAGUUGCAGACAAUUUUCUGUCAGAGGACGAAGAAAAACAGCAAAUAUUCAUGUUUAAAAUGUCAGAACAAAUACAUUAUUAUUUUAAAAUGAUUAGUCGAUUAUCAGAAUAUUUGCCAUUUAAUUAAUUCAUAAUCACUUUGUGUUUUUGUCACACGACGACCCUCGACCUCGUUGAGUCGUGUCAGAAAUAAAACAGGAUGUUGAUGACUGUGCAAUACAUUUACAUUUCUACUUUGCUCAUUAACUGUAUUUCAAAGGGGAUUUUUUUAAAUUAGCUUGUUGUCGACAGUGAGGGGGGGGGGGGGGGGGGGGUCGACUGUCCGGGUCUGUAUGAGAUUACGACUGAACAACACUGAGCCUGAAGAUUUAUUUCCACUCAUGCAGCUCGACCGUUACGAAUGUGUAUUUGUGUGUUUGUGUCUCUGUAUAUUUAUAUUGUGCCUUUAACCAUCAGCUGUUUGCAUCAUAAUCUCAAAGGGAAACAUGUAAAAGUUUGUGUUUGAUUCAUUUAUUUCUCCUUUGUUUUAUUAUCCAAAGUGUUAUCUUACUUUUUUAACCCUUUGUGUUUUUUUAAAGAGACUUUCUGAUGUGACUGUCUGUCUGCACUGUGUUUAAAGGUCUCAUAGAAAAAACACAUACUGUCUUUUUCUUUGGGGGGGGGGGGGGGUGAUAUUGAUGUUGAUUUCUGAGUGUUUAUCAAAAACAGUUUUAGUGAAGGGUUCCAGAUAAUUAAGUUCUUGAUAUCUCAAUUUGCAGUGACAAUACAUUGUUUUUCUUAAUUUUAAAUUUGACUUUCUCUUGAAUCACGUCUGUUUUACAUCAGACGUUUGUCUCCUUUUGAAAAGGACUUUGCUUUUAUUGUUGCUGUGAAACGCUGCGUCGCUUCAAGACAAUCACAGGCUGUAAAACAUGCUGCGUUUUUGUUUUUUGUUUUAUGCAGAUCAGAUAACGAGGGUGAAAGGCUCGUUCAAAAAGCUGCGUGACUUUGAUCGCUGAGUGUUCAAGGGAAAUGAGAAAACCGAGAGACCAUAUGCAGUCUUUGCAUUUCCGUUUCCUGUCUUUGUCUGCAUGUCAUGUCUGUUUUCUGGCCUUUUAAAAAAACAACCGUGGAAUAUUCUUGGACCUCUGCGUCUCUUUUUCUUAGCGAUGCCAAAAACUGUCGUUGUUGUUGUUGUUGUUGUUAAAAGCUGUCUCUGGUUUUGUUUUUCUAUUAUUUUUUUAAAAGUAUUUCAUCUCAUUUUCACGGACCUGUGAGGCUGCAUGGGGUCAUGUCGAGAGCCUGAAUGUGAUCCUGUAGACUGAACAAUAUCAUCAUAAUCAAUCAAUGCUAAUUUAAUUACAAUAAUCACUAUUUCCCUCGGUGGCUGUGCGGGAGGUUUGCCUGUAUAACCUGAGACACUCAAUACAAUGUAAAUAAAUUUUAAAAAGUUUCAGACUCAA